AUGUGGAUAAUCCACUAUUCUGCAAAAUAUGCGAUUCGUGAGAGUCAGUGGCAGAAGGUCAAAGCCACUCACGCUCAGACUGAUGUUACGACAACUAAAGAAGCGCCUCCUAUUACUAAGGAGGACCUGUUAUGCGAAGAACCAACAUCUUCAUACUGGCGUGGUAUGGCAGAGAGACUAGAGAAGGAAAUCGAUAUUGAAUUAGAGAAUAGUUUUAAUAAGUCGCUCGAACUGGAUAGAUCAUAUGGAGAAUUGGAAGAAUCGAAAAAUCGUCUCAAGGUUCUCAUGGACGUCAUGGAUGACGUUCUUAACGAUGAUCAGAACGAAGAAGUAAACGACAAGGACGAGGAGAAAAAUGAGUGA